CCCAGGCCUGUGCCUGCCUUGCAGCUGUGUGUCUACAGCAAGCCCCCACCGUACUGUGUUGGCCUUGAGCUUCGCGAUCCUGAGGACGCGUGCUUUUGGAAAUCCUGUGAGUGUUCUGCGGUGCCUGCAGGAAUCCUGCUCCCGAUCCUCCCUGCAGCGCAGCCUAGAGGUGCCUUUCAUCCGGAGGACCCCGCUCCUUCCUUUAGCCUCCGCUUCCUCGUCUGAAGAGUCGCAGUGCACCCUCUGCGGGGAGCCGGAAGAGGAAGAAGGAGGAGACCUGGUCCAGCCGGGCCUCAGCUUCCCAGGGCCAGCAGAGGAAGACCUAGACCAGCAGUACUCAUGGUCCCCAACUCAGCACUUCAAUGAAGAAAGGUACUCCCCGGCUCCCAGGAACAUGAAAGGGCUGUCGGGAAGCCGGAACCCGCCGCUAUGUGCCAGCCACACCUGUGGCGUGGCGCCCCCGGCCGACUGCGAGCACCCGCUGGACCACAUGCGCCACGGGCCGGACGUGCGGCAGCCUUACCUGCUCAGCCCGGCCGAGAGCUGCCUGAUGGACCAUCACCGCUGCUCCCCCCGCAGCUCAGUGCACUCCGAGUGCACGGUGAUGCCGGUGAUGCUGGGCGACCACGUGUGCAGCAGCACCUUCCCCAGGAUGCACUACAGCUCCCACUACGACACCAGGGACGGCUGCGCCAUGCCCCAGGUGGGCGCCAAGGCCAACCGCAUCCCCGCCAACCUCCUGGACCAGUUCGAGAAGCAGCUGCCCCUGCACAGGGACGGGUUCCACACGCUGCAGUACCAGAGGGCCUCGGCCGCCGAGCAGCGCAGCGAGAGCCCGGGCCGGAUCCGGCACCUGGUGCACUCGGUGCAGAAGCUCUUCACCAAGUCGCACUCCCUGGAGGGCUCCUCCAAGGGCCAGGCCGAGGGCGGCAGGGGCGAGGGCCGGGCCGAAGACCACCCCCAGGGCCACCACACCAAGCACGGCAAGCGGAGCCGCAGCAGGGAGCGCAAGCCCGAGGCCAAGCCCCGCUCGGGCGCCAGCAGCUGGUGGAGCUCGGAGGACAACCUGGACAGCGACAGCACCCACCGGGCGCCCAGCGUGGUCAGCAGACACCAGCUGGACCGCUUCUCCCACUGCUACCCCGAGGCGCUGCAGAGCCCCUUUGGGGACCUCUCGCUGAAGACUUCCAAGAGCAACAACGACGUCAAGUGCUCGGCCUGUGAGGGCCUGGCCCUGACGCCCGAGGCCAAGCACUUGAAGCGGAGCUCCUGGUCCACGCUCACGGUGAGCCAGGCCAAGGAGGCCUACCGCAAGAGCUCCCUGAACCUCAGCAAGCCGCUGCUGCCCCAGGACGUCAAGCCGCCCCCGCGGCCCUGCCACUACCUCCAGGUGCCUCAGGACGAGUGGGGAGGCUACCCGUCCAGCGGCAAGGAGGAGGAGAUCCCCUGCCGCAGGAUGAGGAGCGGCAGCUACAUCAAAGCCAUGGGCGACGAGGACAGCGGAGAGUCAGACUCCAGCCCCAAAACGUCCCCGACAGUGGCCCUGCGACCAGAGCCCCUGCUGAAGUCCAUCGGACAGAGACCACUCGGAGACCACCAAACCCAGAGCUACCUGCAAGCUGCAAGUGAGGUGUCUGUCGGUCACAGCCUGGACCCCUCUGCCAACUACAACUCCCCGAAAUUCCGCUCAAGGAACCAGAGCUACAUGCGGGCCGUGAGCACCUUGAGUCAGGCCAGCUGCGUGAGCCAGAUGAGCGAAGCAGAGAUCAAUGGGCAGUUCGAGUCAGUGUGUGAAUCCGUCUUUAGUGAAGUUGAAUCUCAGGCCAUGGAUGCCCUCGACCUGCCCGGAUGUUUCCGAACGAGGAGUCACAGUUACCUUCGAGCCAUCCAAGCCGGUUACUCCCAGGAUGAUGAAUGUGUGCCCGGGACAACGCCCGCCAACAUGACAUCCACCAUCAGGUCAACAGCAGCUGUCUCCUACACGAAUUACAAGAAGACGCCCCCUCCGGUGCCUCCGCGGACCACCUCCAAGCCUCUGAUCUCGGUGACAGCCCAGAGCAGCACCGAGUCCACCCAGGACGCCUACCAGGACAGCCGCGCCCAGCGGAUGUCGCCAUGGCCCCAGGACGGCCCCAGCCUCUACAACUCCACGGACAGUUUGGACAGCAACAAGGCCAUGAGCCUCGCCCUGGAAGCGGCCGCAGCCCAGCGCCAUGCCGACGGCCAGGGCAGUUCGGUGCGGACGAGUGACAAGGCCGUCCUGGUGUCUAAGGCCGAGGAGCUGCUCAAGAGCCGCUGCUCCUCCAUCGGGGUCCAGGAUUCUGAAUUCCCAGAACAUCAGCCAUACCCAAGGUCAGAUGUGGAAACGGCUACGGACUCGGACACGGAGAGCCGCGGCCUGCGGGAGUACCACUCUGUUGGCGUGCAAGUAGAAGACGAGAAGCGGCACGGGCGCUUCAAGCGCUCUAACAGCGUCACGGCUGCCGUCCAGGCCGACUUGGAGCUGGAGGGCUUCCCGGGACACAUCACCAUGGAGGACAAGGGCCUCCAGUUCGGCUCCUCCUUCCAGCGGCACUCGGAGCCCAGCACCCCCACGCAGUACGGGGCUGUGCGGACUGUGCGGACGCAGGGCCUCUUCAGCUACAGAGAGGACUACCGGACCCAGGUGGACACCUCCAGCCUGCCCCCGCCGGACCCCUGGCUGGAGCCCUCCCUGGAGGCUGCGGACACCGGGAGGGUGUCUCCAUGCCGCAGGGACGGCUCCUGGUUUUUGAAACUGCUCCACACGGAGACGAAGAGGAUGGAAGGCUGGUGCAAGGAGAUGGAGGGAGAGGCGGAGGAGAACGACCUGGCUGAAGACACUCUCGGGAAGAUCAGGAGUGCAGUGGGGAGUGCCCAGCUGCUCAUGUCCCAGAAGUUCCAGCAGUUCUAUUGGCUCUGCCAGCAGAACAUGGACCCCAGUGCCAUGCCAAGGCCCACCUCCCAGGACCUGGCCGGCUACUGGGACAUGCUGCAGCUGUCCAUUGAGGACGUCAGCAUGAAGUUCGAUGAGCUGCAGCAGCUGAAGCUCAAUGACUGGAAGGCUGUGGAGUCGCCCGAGAGAAAGGAGGAAAGAAAGGUCCCCCCUCCAAUACCAAAGAAGCCCACCAAAGGGAAAUUCCCCAUCACGAGAGAAAAGUCCUUGGACCUGCCCGACAGACAACGCCAAGAAGCCCGAAGGCGGCUCCUGGCUGCCAAGAGGGCGGCCUCCUUCCGACAGAACUCCACCACCGAGCGCGCCGACAGCAUCGAGAUCUACAUCCCCGAGGCCCAGACCCGGCUCUGAGGACGGCGGCUGCGCUCAGCUGCCGUCUGACAUGAUGCUUGUACAGGUUAUUGCCGACCGGGUAGUUUUCGUCUCAUUUCUGCCCCUGAAUAUGCCCCUGCCGUUGUGAUUUUGCACCACAGACACAGUGGAACGCUCCCCAUGUCUUCAGUUUGCUGAGCUCUGGCAAGGGCGACCUCUGCACCUGACGGGCUGGCUGCGGCCAGCUCCGAUGCACCGGCCUGGCGAGGUCUGACUCCCUCUGGUCUCAGAGGACACGCCUCUGGAGAUGGAACCCAGCUUACACUUUGUUACUUAUAUUUUUAUAAUUGUGAGAUAACUUGGUAAGAACAACAAAUAACUACAAAUGGGUAUCUCACCACUCACGAGAGGCUCUAGACACCCAGCGGAAGGUGCUACAGCGCCACGCGCAGGAGAGACAGAUCCACUUCCCUCGCCGCCGACCUCAAGUCGCUUUCCCGAGCCCCGCUGACCAUCGCCCUCACUGCCGCCUGUCCCCGCUACCACGGGCAGAAGCGUAGGUUCCCCGUGCAGAGUCCAUGGUGAUGAGAAGAGGUCUCUCCAACCUCGGAGCUCCCCGCCCUGUGUCCUCCAAAGCCCAGGAGAUUCCAAGUCUGACCUCGAGGAACACCUGGCACAGCAUCUACACGUUCAAAAAUAAACCAACAUCCCUUCCCGAGGCUGCCAGGCACGGCAGGGCGGAGCUCAAGAAGGUGGGGAGUGAGAGAAGAAGCGACGUGGCAUUCUUUAUUCCUUUGUAUCACAAAACAUGACACCGAGCACUUUCUUUAGGUCACCACUUACGCUACAUGUGAUUUUUUUUUUAAUCUCUGUGGAUGCAUUCUCAAAUUGCUCUAUCAGUUGGCUUUUCCAGGGUGUCCUUAAAACAAAAACCAAGUUUGCUUGUUUAAAUGACAGUUGUGAUUUAUGAGAAGUAUAGGAAUACGAAUGUGGGUGGUGAGUAUAUCGCAGUUUAACUGGUAAAGAAGAAAUGUAGUUUACACUUGUACUUUUCCAGGAUUCUCUCGUCCUAUGCAGUAUUGCGGAAGAAUGAACUUCUUGCCUGUGUUAGUCAUGAAGGGGGAAGGGUCACGUGUGGUGAUGUCCAGUCAUGGGAUUUAAGAGAAGGGUUAUUAGCUUGCAGGACUCUGAUGGGUGCCAGAGGAGAGUAGCAGCGACUCUGGUCAGGGGCCUCCGUGUGCAGCUAAACGCAGACACAGCGGUGACCGCUGCCCCAGCUGGCCUGCUGUAUCCACUCAGAGGCCAUCAGAGGAGAGCCCAUUCGAGUCCCCGCUGGAUCCCAGCCUCAGAGCUGGCGCACUCUGGGUGCAGGCAGGAUUGCAACCUAAGACGUCUCCACCCCAGCGCCAGUCUCCUGCUCAUGCCAGCCAUAGAGGAGCGCCCUGGAGGCCCCUAGCACUUUGUUCUCUCCGGAUUCGCACUUUAGAGCCCGGCCUGGGGUGGGCUGGUGAGGCGGCCGCACAGGCGGGGCUUCGGGAAGACCGCCCCUUCCUCUCCCUGGUAGUCUACAUUCCACUACGCAUGGGGUUCCCUGGGCGCAGCUGAUAUUAAAGCAUGUUGAGCUGCAGAGUUUUGCUUUUUUAAAGCUGAGUAGUUAAGAAUUCCCUGUAAGAACAAAAUCCUGUAAGGUGAGCCUCAGAUCUGGUAUAUAUUUUACCAAACAGCCUUAAAAUAUAUUUGGAAGCAAAAAUCAGUACGAAUGUAUAUCCUUGAAAAAUGCAAAAAAAAAUUCCCUGAAAUAUUCUUCUAUAACUGAAUCCUGUUUCCCCAGUGUUGAAAGCGUUUUCUACCUAAAUAAAUACCUAAA